AUGAAUGUAAUCAUGUGGAAAAUUUUUCCUUCAGAGGAGCAGUUUUGCUCUCAUAAAAGAAUCCACACUGAAGAGAAACCUUAUGAUUGUAAUCAGUGUGGAAAGGCUUUCAGAAUCUGUUCCCAUCUUAUUGAACAUCUGAGAAUCCACACUGGAGAGAAACCUUACGAAUGCAAUCAAUGUGGAAAGGCUUUCAUAUGUAGGAACAGUCUUACUAGACAUCAGAGAAUCCACACUGGAGAGAAACCUUAUGAAUGUAAUGAGUAUGGAAAGGCUUUCAGAAACCAUUCCCAUAUCAUUAAACAUCAGAGAAUCCACACUGGAGAAAAACCUUAUGAAUGUAAUCAGUGUGGAAAGGCUUUUACACAGAAGGGCAACCUUACUAUACAUCAGAGAAUCCAUGCUGGAGAAAAACCAUAUGAAUGUAAUCAGUGUGGAAAGGCUUUCACAAGUAGGAACAGUCUUAUUAAACAUCAGAGAAUCCACACGGGAAAAAAACCUUAUGAAUGUAAUCAACGUGAAAAGGCUUUUAGAGACAGGUCCACUCUUACUAACCAUCAAAGAAUCCACACUGGAGAAAAAACCUUAUGAAUGCAUUCAGUGUGGAAAGGCUUUUAGAGACAGCUCCAUUCUUACUAACCAUCAGAAAAUUCACACUGGAGAAAAACCUUAGGAAUGUAUUCAAUUUCAGACAUAAGAAUAGUCUUACUGCAUAUAUCAGAGAAUUCACACUAGGUAGAAACCUUAGGAAUGUAAUCAGUGUGGAAAGGCUUUCAGAGACAAUUCCAAUCUUGUUAAACCUCAAUGAAGCCAUACUAGAGAGAAAACUUAAAGUCACUUUUUUGUUAGGAGACAGAAAUCUUGUCACUAACACGAAUGAGGAAAGGCUUCAAUUAAAAUAGAGUACAGACCUUCUUAGCAGAAAAUUCAUUCUGGGUGUAAGCCAUUUGCAGACUCAAUGUGAGAAGGCUUUCAGCCAGAGAUCAGCUCUGACUUCACAUCAGAGGAUUCAUGUUGGAAAGAAGACUUAUGGGUGUGCUCCAUGGGGACUGGUCUUUCUCUAGAAGAUGGAGGUCCCCGGUGAAGAGUUAAACUUUGUGCCUGACUAACAGAAGGGUGAAAUAAGGGACAAUAAUUCAUACUGAUCCACCAGGUAGCAAAACAGCAAAAGGAGGCAGUAGAAUUGCUCAUGAACCGCCUCACUGUGUGAAAGCAGCCGUCAGGAUGUUCUCACAAACAGAAUGUCUUCAGAACAAGGAAAAGCACUUCUGUCAACAUUAUAUCAUCUGGGGAACAAUGUUUGGUGAAGGGAGAAAAUCAGAGGUGUUUGAUCAAGAGUAUGAAAAUUGAGGAGAUUUAGGAGAAUUUUGUGGUCUCCUGCAGGCCACCUACACGUGUGUAUCAGCACGCAUUGAGGCUACCACAUGUGACAAUCAGGAAACUUCUCAUUAACUUGUCCUCAUUUCUGCCUCCUGACUUUUGUGACCCAACAUUCAAUGGUGAAGAGGAAGGGAUUCCUCUGAUGGACUUGAGAUAACGCUGAACCAUCAUCUGAAAAAAGCAGCUGCCCUGAGAUUUCUAUCCAAACGGCCUCGCAUGGUUGCUCCAGCUCUAUCAGCCUGGAAGGGGAAUCUGAAGGAGCUGCAUUCUACAUAAGAGGCAUCUGGGUGGCACAGUGGAUAGAGCACUGGCCCAGAGUCAGGAGGACCUGAGUUCAAAUCCAACCUGAGACACAUGAUACUUCCUGGCUGUGUGACCCUGGGCGAUUGCCUCACCAAAAAGUGAAUAAAAUAAGAUGCCUCAGGGAUGCUUGUCACAUGUGAGCAGGGGUACUGGACUGUCACAGGGGUCUUCAAUGACUCCUCCAGGAGAUGGUUUUGUGUCUUGGUAAAUCCAAACUGACCUUAAGUUUACCACCCUUGGAUGCUUGUCCUGGGGGCCUUUGGGCCAGCUUAAGAUGGUUUAAGCAUGUUGAGAAGGUGGGAGGAGUUUUGGAUUUUUCUUUGCUCCCUUAAGGAAGUAGGAAGGAAAAAGAGAAAGAAUUAUUUAGAACAGGAAUUAUAACCAUGUGCCCUUUGAAAGGAAUACAUAAAUGUGUGGAGAGUAUCUCCUUUUAAAGGGCCAAGAAUAUUGGAUUUAAAAUAAAAAUGUUUCUAAAUGUUUAUCAUUAGCAUUUAUAAAUUCGGAUCUGAUUUAAGUUUACUGUUCUAUAAGAAAAAAAUUUAAUAAUAAUGAUUGUUAUGAAAAAUGAUAUAAUGAUUGUAAAAUGCUUAAUACAAUUGCAUAUGUUAGACGUGGUAUUAUUAUUUAACAUAACUGUUAAAAGUACUAAGAGUAAUAAGAUCGAUGAUUUCUAUAUGUGGUAAUCUGGAAAUGCAAUUGAUAUUAUCUGAAGUUCAUUGUUUGUGUUAUAAAAGUUAUUACUAUGUUUCUAAACUGUAUUGUAUUUCUAAAACUCUUAGACUGUAAAAUUUGAGGGACCAUUGUGAGGUAGAAAUGGUAUUAAAGUAACUCUUGACCUGGAAUGGACAUUUUAGUGAUAAAAAUGAGAUAAUUUGAAACUGUUAAAUACCUAUUGAGGUAUAUUUGGUUAUAAGCAAGUAAUAAUGAUGUUGUUAUCUACUAUGAUAGCAGAUUUUCAUUUAAAAUCUUGACUAUUAUAAAAAUAUAUGGUGGUUUAAGGUUAUAGUUUCAGCACAUUAAUGAUGAGAUGAAUGAUUCUCUGCAAAGUGAUUUGGAAGUGCAUGCAUCUAUCUAAUGGGUUAUUUUAAAGUUUAUUACUAUGAUGGAAAUAAUUUUAUAAUGUAUUUCCUGUGGUACAAACAUAUUUUCUGGUGAAAUACUUAUUGAUAUGUAUUGAUUUGGAAUUAAUGAGUUAUUCUCUCAUAUAUCAGGGCCUCAAUUAGAAAUUUUGAGGAAAAAAAAAUUUUUUUUCAACCCAGUCCUUGUUUAGGCUAAAAGAUUAGGUUUAUUGGGGGAUGGGCUGUAUGGGCCAGGCUCUUCAGGCAUGGACUAGUGGUUAUGGGGAAGUCUAGGCCGCCAUCUUUGUGUCAUUGAGGUUCAAUCUGGAUGGGACUUGGAAAUUGGAUGUGGCCUGAGGCUAUCAGACCAGUAACAGACAAUGAUGGGCUAGCACAGAUAAUAGAGAAAAGCCAGUCUAUUGGGGUGGGAGUGGCCCCAGAAGAUCAUUGGACCUGGUGAAGAGGUCCAGAAAGAAAGUUUUUUUGGGGGUCUAUUUUGAGUUUUUAAUAUACUGCUUACAUAUUUCUGAAUUUUCUUAUAUUAUGUAGUCUGGUAAGCAAAUGUAUUAGUUUUGUUGUUGGAAAGGCAAUUCAUUUUGUAAUUUGGAAUGUUAUUAGAUUAAAAAUUAUGCCUUCAGAGAAAAGAAAAAAAUGGGUCAGGCUGUUGGGGCAUUCUACAAGAUGCCAUUUUGUAAUAUUUCCUUUUAAGUGAUGGAGUAUGGGCCCAAGUCGAGACCUUUGCCCCUUGCCCCAAAAAGAAUUUGGCUCCCAUUUGUCUAUGGCCCCAGAGGGCCCUUAAACUUUUCUUACUCUGGAAACUAAUGGUUCCCUAUCUACUCCCCUUAGGUCCCUUUGAAAGCCUAGCCCCACCUUUUGAUCUUAUUCAGAUGCCUUUCAAACUUCUUUCUUCCAGUUCCCUUCAUUAUGUAUUUCCAUUGUCCAUUCAAUCUCUUAGACAUUUCAAUCAGAAUUCUCCCUAAGCCAUCUAGAUCCUUUUCCCAGCCCCUCCUCUGGUCACCCAAAGUUACCCUAAUGUAUAUAAGAUCUACCCUGGCCCCCAUUUAAAUGCUGGGACUUUCUCAUGCCAGGCUAUCUUUACAGGCAUCACUAAUGUUCAGAUUCCUUAAGAGUCUGGCCUGUAUGGUUUAUCUCUAAUAAACUUUUUCUCAGGCUGA